UCUCAGUCUCUACUUCCCUCCCUUCGUCUCCUCUCGCUUUUUCUCUCUUCCCAAGCAAAGCAUAGCUCUUUACUUCACUCUCCUCUCCUCUCUUCCUUCCCCUUCUUCUUCUUCUUCUUCUUCUUCUUCUUCUUCUUCUUCCUCUUCUUCCUUCUGCAUCUGAAUUGGAUUGGGCUCCCUGCAAGUCUCCAUUGCCGGCUCAGCUUCAGUGUCCCAUGGCGUCCACGACGUCCUUCUCGGGCGUCUCCCUCCGGCUACCUCAGCCCCUGCCCAACAGAAGCGCCUUCUUAGCGCGUCCCCCGCUCUCUCUCAGCUGCCUCGCCACUAGCGCUAAAUUGCUCGGAGGUUUAAGGCCGCUGCGGCUGAACCGGAGGAACUCUGCGUCCUGGAAUGGCACCGUGCGGCCAGAUAGGAGCUCGAGGUCCGGCUCCUUCGUGGUGCGCUGCGAGGCUUCGGGCGGAAGGAUUUCGCAGCAAGAAUUUACAGAUAUGGCUUGGCAAGCGAUUGUUUCGUCACCGGAUGUUGCGAAAGAAAAUAAGCAUCAGAUAGUCGAGACAGAGCAUUUGAUGAAGGCUCUUUUGGAACAAAAGAAUGGGCUUGCCCGCCGAAUCUUCUCCAAGGCCGGCAUCGACAAUACUCGCCUCCUCGAAGCCACUGAUAAAUUCAUCCAGCGCCAACCCAAGGUUCUCGGUGAAUCUUCUGGUUCGAUGUUGGGCCGUGAUCUUGAAGCCCUGAUUAACCGAGCAAGGGAAUUUAAGAAAGAGUAUGGGGAUUCAUUUGUUUCCAUUGAGCACUUGGUUCUUGGUUUCUCCCAAGAUCAACGGUUUGGGAAGCAGUUGUUCAGAGAUUUUCAGAUCUCCCAGCAGACACUGAAGUCUGCAAUAGAGGCCAUUAGAGGACGCCAAUCAGUUAUUGAUCAAGAUCCUGAGGGGAAGUAUGAAGCCCUGGAAAAAUAUGGAAAAGAUUUAACUGCUAUGGCACGAGCUGGAAAACUGGACCCUGUUAUUGGGAGGGAUGAUGAGAUCCGGAGAUGCAUUCAAAUUCUCUCUAGGAGAACGAAGAACAACCCCGUGCUAAUUGGUGAGCCUGGUGUUGGAAAAACUGCAAUAUCAGAAGGACUUGCCCAGCGGAUUGUGCAAGGGGAUGUGCCUCAGGCUCUGAUGAACCGGAAGCUGAUAUCUCUUGACAUGGGUGCUCUGAUUGCUGGGGCUAAAUAUCGGGGAGAAUUUGAAGAUCGGCUGAAGGCUGUGUUGAAGGAAGUGACUGAAUCAGAAGGGCAGACUGUCCUCUUCAUUGAUGAGAUCCAUACAGUUGUUGGGGCAGGUGCCACAAAUGGUGCCAUGGAUGCGGGCAACCUCUUAAAGCCCAUGCUUGGAAGGGGAGAAUUACGAUGCAUUGGUGCUACAACACUUGACGAGUACCGCAAAUAUAUUGAGAAGGACCCUGCUUUGGAGCGUAGGUUCCAGCAGGUCUAUGUGGAUCAACCUUCAGUGGAAGAUACUGUAUCAAUUCUUCGGGGAUUGCGUGAAAGAUAUGAGCUUCAUCAUGGAGUCAGAAUAUCUGACAGUGCACUUGUGGAAGCUGCUAUUCUUUCUGAUCGCUACAUCAGUGGCCGCUUCUUGCCAGAUAAAGCCAUUGACCUAGUUGAUGAAGCUGCUGCUAAGCUUAAGAUGGAAAUUACUUCAAAACCAACUGCCCUUGACGAGAUCGACAGAUCAGUCUUGAAGCUCGAGAUGGAGAAGCUGUCACUGGCAAAUGACACCGACAAGGCCUCGAAAGAUAGAUUGAACCGUCUUGAAGCUGAGCUGUCACUUUUAAAGGAGAAACAAGCUCAGCUUACAGAGCAAUGGGAGCAUGAAAAGUCUGUCAUGACCCGUAUACAAUCUAUCAAAGAAGAGAUUGACAGAGUAAAUGUCGAGAUACAGCAGGCUGAACGGGAGUAUGACCUAAAUCGAGCUGCUGAAUUAAAAUACGGGAGCUUAAACUCUUUGCAGCGCCAGCUUGAAGAAGCUGAAAAGGAACUAGAUGAGUACAUGAAGUCAGGGAAAUCCAUGCUGAGAGAAGAAGUAACAGGAAAUGAUAUUGCAGAAAUUGUCAGUAAGUGGACUGGUAUCCCUGUCUCGAAGCUUCAGCAGACUGAGAGGGAGAAAUUACUACAUCUUGAGGAAGAGCUGCAUAAACGUGUCGUUGGACAAGAUCCUGCAGUGAGGGCAGUGGCUGAGGCCAUACAGCGAUCUCGGGCUGGACUCUCAGAUCCUCAUCGUCCGAUUGCUAGUUUCAUGUUCAUGGGUCCCACUGGUGUUGGGAAGACUGAACUUGCUAAGGCCCUAGCUUCUUACAUGUUCAACACAGAAGAAGCUCUCGUAAGGAUUGAUAUGAGUGAGUAUAUGGAGAAGCAUGCAGUUUCGCGAUUGAUAGGGGCCCCACCAGGAUAUGUGGGCUAUGAGGAAGGAGGGCAAUUGACGGAAACAGUUCGAAGGAGACCUUAUGCAGUCAUACUCUUUGAUGAGAUCGAGAAGGCUCAUUCUGAUGUUUUCAAUGUAUUCCUUCAGAUAUUGGAUGAUGGGAGGGUGACGGACUCUCAAGGCCGAACUGUGAGCUUCACUAACACAGUCAUCAUAAUGACUUCGAAUGUGGGUUCACAGUAUAUUCUAAACACUGAUGAUGAGACUUCAGCGGAGUUGACCUAUGAGAGAAUUAAGCAAAGGGUAAUGGAUGCUGCAAGGUCGAUCUUCCGGCCUGAGUUCAUGAAUCGGGUCGAUGAAUAUAUAGUGUUCCAGCCAUUGGAUCGUGAGCAGAUCUGCAGCAUUGUUAAGUUACAGUUGGAACGAGUGCAGAAGAGAAUCGCGGAUCGUAAGAUGAAGAUCCAAGUCAGUGAUGCAGCAGUUCAGCUUCUUGGGAGCCUUGGUUAUGACCCGAACUAUGGAGCUAGGCCAGUGAAGCGCGUGAUUCAGCAGAAUGUGGAGAAUGAGCUCGCCAAGGGAAUCCUGAGAGGGGAAUUCAAGGACGAAGACGCCAUCUUGAUAGAUACCGAAGUCUCGGCCUUCUCCAAUGGGCAGCUUCCCCAGCAGAAGCUGGUGUUCAGGAAACUGGAGCCUGACUCGACUACUAGUAACGAGAAGAACAUAGAAGCUCUCUCGCCAACCCUGUAAAAGUCUCCACUCGGCGUGGUUUAUACUUUGUAGUUAAUAUUAUACAGUUUUCCGGACUUAGCGCAACACCAAAAUUUAUAGGUUUCAUUUUAAAAAGUUUGUUUGCGCCAAGUACAUGCGCUCUUUGCCGUUCUCUGAGCAUCUGUCUUGUGAAAUGUCGUCCAACAAGAGUAUCGCUGAGGAUGUAAGUAAGUUAUAUAUAAUGUCUGAUGAGCAAUCUGAUCACUCUUUCCAUACUC